GCACACUCACUCAUACAAGUGCUCUCCAAACAGCGCACUCUCACUUCAGUUUUGAACAGGAUAUUAUGAAAUCAGCACUGUUGCUGAAACUUAGUGAAGGUCGCUUGGAGUCCUCCACCCACACACACACACAGACACACACACACUUCACCUGACACUUAAACACUCUCUCUCACACACACACACACACACACACAAUCGAGCAGAGAGCUGAAUCUCCGCUCAGUCCCAGUUCUCUGCUGCCUGAGCGAGAAGCCCACUGGUGAUCGGACUGUCGCCUGAAGCGAAGAGGCCGAGCCGGCAUUGAUUCAAUUUUACAGCCCAGUCACUCCUUCUGAAGCUCCGAUUAGUCAGCCGAGGGAGACGAGGGGGAGAGGACCAGAAGAAGACGAGGAAUAGUGAUGGCUAUGGCCGACAUUGCGGAGGAUGACCUGGAUGAGGUGAUGCGCGAUGAAGCGGAGGACGUCUUCUUCCAGGACGGAGUGUCGUCCCGCGUCCCAGAGAUCAUGGCGGCCGGCACCCACUCCCCUGGAGGGCCCAAUGGUAUAAUCCGGAGUCAGUCCUUCGCCGGGUUUAGCACGCUACAGGAACGACGUUCUCGGUGUAACUCUUUCAUGGGGAACUCAGCGGUGCAGAAGAAGCCUCAGUCGAAGCCAAAGAAGCCCCACCCGUCGGGGCACAAGGGAGGCAGCAGCUCCAGAGAGCCGCAGCCCAAAAGAGUGGAGGAAGUUUACAACGCACUCAAACAAGGCCUGGAUGAGUAUCUUGAAGUUCAUCAAACAGAGCUGGACAAACUCAUUUGUCUGAUGAAAGACAUGAAGAGAAACUCUCGCCUGGGAGUGCUCUACGAUCUUGACAAGCAAAUCAAAACCAUCGAAAGGUACAUGAGACGCCUGGAGUUUCACAUGAGCAAGGUGGAUGAGCUGUAUGAGGCCUUCUGCAUUCAGAGCCGUCUGAGGGACGGUGCCAGUCGGAUGAAGCAGGCCUUCUCCUCCUCUCCCUCCACUAAAGGCACCAAAGAGAGCAUCGCAGAGGUCAACCGCCGCUAUAAGGAGUACACUGAGAACAUGAGCACGUUCGAGAGCGAACUGGAGAACUUGCUCGGCGAGUUUCAUAUCAAAAUGAAAGGUUUGGCAGGCUUUGCAAGGCUCUGUCCUGGAGACCAGUAUGAGAUCUUCAUGCGGUACGGUCGCCAGCGCUGGAAGCUGAAGGGAAGAAUUGAAGUGAACUCCAGACAGAGUUGGGAUGGAGACGAGAUGGUCUUCAUGCCUCUCAUCACUGACCUCAUCAACAUCAAGGUGACGGAGCUGAAGGGACUGGCCUCUCACAUGCUGGUGGGCAGCGUGAUCUGUGAGACCAAGGAGCUCUUCACUGCCAUGCCUCAGGUGGUGGCUGUGGACAUCAACGACCUGGGGACCAUCAAACUCAACCUGGAGGUCACGUGGUACCCCUUCGAUGUCGAGGACCUGACUUUGUCGUCUGGUAAUGUGAGCAAAGCCACAGCACUCCAGAGACGAGUGUCAGUCUACAGCCAGGGCACGCCGGAAACCCCCACUUUCCAGGACACCUCCUUCUUUUCCACUUUACCAGAUGAUGUCUUUGAGAACGGGGGCUGCGGAGUGGCCGAGUGUAAGCGACUCUCCUUCACCUUUUCGGACACCUCUGGUUCCACGCCCAGCCCCGCACCGAGCACCCACUCCCCAGGCCAGUCCAACCCUGAGAUCACAGUCACCCCUCCAGAAAUAGACCCGUCACCUACACAAAUCCUCCCAACAAGGGAGGACUCCAUCGCUGAGGAGCAUUUAGUGGAGGAGGAGGAGGAGGAGGAGGAAGAGGAGUACGACGAAGAAGAUGGGGAGACGGGUAGUCGAGGAAGUAGGGGCACCAGUGCCAGCCUCGCCAGUGAUGAAGCCGAGGUGGCAGAGGACUCUGAGUGGGAGCGCACAGAGUCCCAGCGAAAUUCUAGCUCCAACUGUGGUUCAGCCAUCCCGUCCCUCUGCUCUGACGGCCACCUGUCUAUGGUGGCUCCUGAAGAUGUUUUCUUAGACCACACUGACGAACUGAAACCUGUGGAGCUGGACACAGAGGAAGGGGGCAGCCUGACCAGGCAGCUUGUGAAGAGGCUGACUUCUUUGGACGUUGUGCCGCCAAGUGGGAGCUCCUCGAACGGAGGAGGAAAUCUGGGCUGGGCGGGAGAGGGGAGCAGGGCUUUCCUGGAGAGCAGCCUGGAGGAGGCCAUCCACAGCCUGCUGAUGAGGCUGGAGUCUCUGAAUCACCGCUGCCGAGAGCUGCAGGACCUGGAGCAGGAAGUGAUGCGUCUGGAGGACCUGCUCAAGUGCCGUCUGCCGGGUCACAGGAGCCGGUCAUCCAGCCUCAGUCUGACGGUAGAGAGUGCCCUGGAGAGUUUCGACUUCCUCAACACCUCUGACUUUGAUGACGAGGAUACUGGAGACGAUAACAUGGUUCUCAGUACCCCCCCACAGAGGUCUCCGCUUUUUGAUACCGACGGAGAAAGGAUCGGUGGCCAGCACCCAGAAGCCAGAGGACACCUGAGCGAAGCCCUGACAGAGGACACCGGGGUGGGCAACAGCGUGGCAGGAAGCCCCCUGCCGCUCACCACCGGAAACGAGAACCUGGACGUUGCUAUCGUCAUCCACCUGCAGUACUGUGAUCACCUCAUACAGCUGUUGACCAGUGGGUUAGGUGUGUGUCAGCGUCGCAGUAUUCUCCUCAAACUGUCUGGACAGAUUCAGCUAUUAGAAGAGCUCGCGGAGCUCAGUGUGGACAAACUGGGAGCCAUUACAUCCUCUGCAGAUGUUCUCCCGGGCCUCGCAGAGCGCCCACAGCUGAUGACUCUGUGGUCAGAGUGCAGCGGGUCGGCAGGACUUUUCCACACCACACUGGACAGAGUGUUCAAACACAUGAGCCAGAGCUACACAGCAGUGCUGCAGGAGAGACGCCCACACAGCGCUGACACAGUGAUUGGCGUCGUAGUGAGCGAGAUGGUGGACAGGAGCUAUCUGGUGGAGGCACACAGUCCUACUGCCGCUGAGCUCCACCAGGAUGUCCUGACAGUGUUUCAGUUCCACAGCUAUAUCUUACAACAUGAAGUGCUGGACAUGGAGACACACCUCCUGCAUCUGGCCAGAGAAGAGAUGUUUGCUGAGGCUCUAUGCAGUCAGGAUUAUUCUCGGUGUCUAGCGGAGCUGGAGGAGGUCCCUGUGUCAUCCUUGUGGCCUAGAAACAGCACCCUGAGGGCCCUGGCCUCCCUGCUCACUGCAGAAGACCCUCAGGUCAACAAGGCAGCAGCCAACUACCUCUCGUCUGCAUCACACACCCACUUCAGGAUCAGAGCAGUGGAGUGCUACACCCACGCACUGUCAGAGGCUGGAGUUCAGAGCCAGAGGGCGGCCUGUUCAGCUCUCAGCUGUCUGCAGGUCAGUGGCCUCUUGCAUCAUCUACAGGCAGCAGAGAGCAUCAAGGCCGUGGUAGCGCUGUGUGACUCGGCUGAUGAAGAGCUUCGCCAUGUUGCCAUAGAAACCCUGCUCACAUUUGGUGAGGAGGGGCGACUGGCGUACGAGCAGCUGGACACGGUGCCCAGGGAAAUCCUCCGUCUGGGCACCCGGCGGGGAAACGCCGUCACCACUGCCUUCUGAGCCAUCGCCAGCAAAAACAUCACAAACGACAUCUCGACCCCACCUUCGAGGACAGCACUGCCCCCCACUCAGCUACACCCCACACUGCACACCUCACAGGGCUGUUAAUGACUGAUCACUUUAUUGAUCUGCUUUUCUGCACAGACUUAUGGACGCCGCCAUAUUAGAUCAAUGUUCUUACGGACACUGCCUUCUCAUAGGAACUAACUCAGCCACAGACACACAACCUAUACCCCUCCUGUACACACACACACACACACUUACACUCCUUGAUUCUCCAUCACCCCCCCCCCCCUUCCAGACACCCCUACACUUCACCCCUUCCUGUCCCUGCUUUCUGAGCCAGGCAGACACAUUGAGUUUAACUGGAGCACAAAUUUGACUGGACGCAAAGCCGCUGAAAGCUGCUCCAAAGACUGUGGGAACCAGAAUUUGAGCAAUGCAUCUUCACCUUUCACAUAACCUCAUUCAACAACACCUAUUUAAUUUACUCGUUGAUAAAUCAUCUUGAUUGUUACAGAGUCAGUUGUGUCACGCAAUAUGCUAACUAUGAUCUUUGUAUAAUCACCGUCUGUCGUUAGAAAUGUUUUCGGGUGCUUUUGAAAGAUUUGCACUGUUGUAAGGCAUGGACAUAUGGCAUAACUUACACAGCCGGUGUAAUAUAUGUGCUUGUAUUCAAAAUAUAUUUUUAGGUCGUUUUCUAGUACGUUCCAUUUUGAGUUUCAGGGAUUCUUGUACAAUUUGAAAUUGUGCGUUGUGUGGCAGGGAGGACCAAUAAUAAGUUGUGUCUUUCUCAGAGGAAGUGAUGUUGUGGUUUAAAAGCCCGACUCUAACAGCAGUUUUACAGUCUUGAGCAGAUUUUGACCUCAGUUAUCUAUCAUUUGGAGGAAUAGGAAAACCUGAAGGGUAGAUCUGAAACGGGUCAGCACAGAGCCCACGUUUCACUCGCUCAGCAGUUUAUAUCAGAGUUUUCUCAAACUUGCAGUUGAACAAGUGCAAUUUUCUGUACAUACAUGACCCUUUUGCACCCAGAUGACAUUGAAAGACAGAAAGUCAGCUUUGGUCAUUUGCGCCUUGAGAUGGAGGAAUGCACUCUUGUUGAUAUAUUUUUUUUCUAACCGUUGUAGAGCAAGUCCAGGGCAAUAGAUUUGGUUUGGGAUCUUGAUCCAAUACCUUUAUUAGAGCGGAGAAUACUUUAGGUUAAGUAGGAGCCUCAUUUUGGCUAACCGCACAUUAAUAAAGUAUGUGAGAUAAUGACAGGAUUAAAAAUGUUGCUUUUCUUAUAAGAAGCUGCAGAAUGAGGUUUUUCUGUUUUGGGUCCGUUGUAUUUCCCUCCAUCCUCACUGUAAUGUGGGAAAACUGACCCGACAUAAGCGGCUAUUCCAACUGUUGUCAUUGUAACUGUACUACUGAGUCUUGUGCCGGUGCACAACGACAAAACUCACAUUUGUUCAGACAUCUUAUUUAUUAUUUACUUGUAAUUCUAAUAUUAUUUGGAGUUAUACUGUAAUAGUGCAGAUGACAUUAUGUAAAUUAAAUGUAUAUUUAUGUUCUA